CCGAAGCCCCGCCCGGCCCCGCCCCACGCCAUAAGCCGCCGGCUGAGCGGGCUUGCGGCUCCCGUGGCGGCGCAGGGCAGGGAUGGCUGCGAACCGGGUGGGCAGGCGGCUGGGACGGGGGUCCCCUGCGCGCUCUCCGGGGAGUACCCGGGCGGAGCCGGCCCGCAGCCCCGGGAUCCAGAAGCGCCAAGCCCGGGUGACGGUGAAGUACGACCGGCGGGAGCUGCAGCGGCGGCUGGACACCGAGAAAUGGAUCGACGGGCGCCUGGAGGAGCUGUACCGGGGCCGGGAGGCAGAGAUGCCGGAUGAAGUGAACAUUGACGAACUCCUGGAGCUGGACGCAGACGAGGCACGGGCCGCGCAGCUGCAGGGCAUCCUGAAGUCUUGUCACAACAACACGCAGGCCUUCGUGCAGGAGCUGCUCCUCAAGCUGCGGGGGCUCCAGAAGCAGCAGGCCCUGCGGCGGCCCAGCCCGGAGCUGCAGAAGCGAGCGUGACCCCUGCCCAGGGAGGGGCCCCCCGCGGCCCUUGGCAGCGGCAGCUUCCUCCAGAGGAAUGGGACCAGCGAGGCCCUGCAAAUCCAGCCUGGGGCCGCUCGGCGGAGCCUCCUGACGCGAUAGCUUGUGCCCCUGCAGCCGGGGGUGGCACAGGCCUGGCUGUGCACAGAGCCCCCCCCACAGCCCCCUGGACAGUAUCCCCCUGCCCCCGGCCUAUGACUGGGCCCUGUGUAAAUCUCGGACGAGCUGGGUGCUCGGGGCUCAGCGGGUGCCUUUGGGUCUGUAAUAAAGCCUUGCUCUGGCGUGCUCA